CCGUCCUGCUGCCUCCCCGUCCCACGGGGUUCCCGGCUCCCCUGUGCCCAUCUGGUGAGUCUGAACCUCAGCAGGGGACCCUCACAUCCCCAAGCAGGAGCAGGAAGGAGGCCCCUGCCCAGGCUGGCUUGGGGACCGGUAGCAGGUGUCACUUCCUGGGCCGGGCCGCGGCAGUGGUGGCUCCUGGUGGCGGUGAGAUCGGGAGGCAGAGCCGAGGCCUGGAGGCCCUAGGGCCCCUCGUGGCCACAGCCAGGCCAGUCGUCAGCCCGGAGGCUGCUGGAGGCCUCUGUGCCUCAGUGUCCCCGUCUGUUAAGCGGGGGCGGGACAGGUAGGGUGAGGGGCACGCACGUCCACAGCAGGAACGGCACCCAAAGGUCCUGCACUCCACAGGGUGGGGAGGCCACAGCCACCUAAACGGAGCCCCAAGACCGCUGAGAUGGAGGGUUUCUGGGAAACCUCACACCGGGCAGGACUUCCUGCAGCCACCAACCCCAGGGGCCACCGAGCCUGAGGCAGACUGUGGCACGGGGAGGCGGGGAUGCGGGAGUGCAUCUCUCCUUUAGUAUGAAAUUCAGUGGCCAUGUGGGGCCAAUGGGUCCUAAGGGAUCUGGAGAGAACAGUGACCCACCCCAUGGCCAAGAGAAGAAAUGAUGGGGAACUGGGGGCUUUUCCUCCCCCAGGACAGGGCGCUGUGCCAGGCUUUGUUUCCCCAGGGACGACACUGAGAGCCCAAGUUUCUCAGGGCUGAAGCAUCACCCAGCCCUAGGUGGUACUUGAGUCCAUUUGUGAAACCCUAAUUAUUUGCCUAACAAACUCCUCUUUAUGCGUUAAAGCCCCCACUGCCAAGCCCCCUCCUGCAAUCCAGGCUUCCACAGUCUUUGUCCCUCCAUCUGGCCUAAGUCUAACUCUGGCUUCCUACACAGGGGAUUCCUAGGGGCACAAGGUCCUCCUCAGUCCCUCCCCCAGGGCCCAGAGAUCUUCCUGUCCUGUGGUCGCCCCGGUCCCUGUCCCUGCCACCACCGAGCCCCCGGACUCCCAGCUGCUGCAGCGCCGCCCUCUGUGCUGUGAAUUAUGGAUGAGCCCGCGGGCUCUGGUGACGGUGACAAGCUAGCCUGGAGACUGUGCCGGGAUGCCCAGCCCCUCCCCCACUGUGGGUCCUGUGCAGCGGGAUGCAGGGUCCCCCGGUGAGACCCCUGCUAGGUAUUCUGUCUUGUUUCACAGAUGGGGAAACUGAGGCACAGAGCUGGACAGUGACCCACACUGGGAGCUGCCAGCAGGGAGCGCAGAGCUCAGGCUUCACCCAGCUGGUUCAGGAGCAGGUCCAUUGUUACUCCUGGCUGUAACCUUGAUAGGUCCUGGGCGGGGUCUUCACAAGGGCCAUCAGGAUGUCCUAUUUUGGAGAGCACUUUUGGGGUGAGAAGAACCAUGGCUUUGAGGUCCUGUACCACAGCGUGAAGCAGGGACCCAACUCCACCAAGGAGCUGGCCGACUUCAUCCGUGAGAGGGCCACCAUCGAGGAGGCCUACUCGAAGGCGAUGGCCAAGCUUUCCAAGCUGGCCAGCAACGGGACCCCCAUGGGGACCUUCGCCCCGCUCUGGGAGGUCUUCCGCGUGUCCUCUGACAAGCUGGCCCUGUGCCACCUGGAGCUGACGCGCAAGCUGCAGGACCUCAUCAAGGACGUGCUCCGCUACGGGGAGGAGCAGCUCAGGAUCCACAAGAAGUGCAAGGAGGAAGUGGGGAGCACCCUGGAUGCGGUGCAGCUGCUCGCCGGGGUCACCCAUCUGCUGCCCAAGUCUCGCGAGAACUACCUGAGCCGCUGCGUGGAUCUGGAGCGCCUGCGCAGAGAGAACACCAGCCAGAAGGAGGUGGACAAGGCGGAAAGCAAAGCCAAGAAGGCAGCCGAGAGUCUGCGGCACUCCGUGGAGAAGUACAACUCUGCCCGGGCAGACUUCGAGCAGAAAAUGCUGGACUCCGCACUGCGCUUCCAAGCCAUGGAGGAGACCCACCUGCGGCACAUGAAGGCCCUGCUGGGCUCCUACGCGCACUCAGUGGAAGACACUCACGUGCAGAUCGGGCAGGUGCAUGAGGAGUUCAAACAGAACAUCGAGAACGUCAGUGUAGACCAGCUGCUCAGGAAGUUCGCGGAGAGCAAAGGCACCGGCCGGGAGAAGCCAGCUCGCGCGGCUGUAGACUUCCUGGAGCCCGAUUCUGGGAUGUGUCCAGAGGUGGACGACGAAGGUUUCACCGUCCGGCCCGAAGUGACCCAGAACAGCACAGCCGAGCCCUCCCGCUUUUCAUCCAGCGACUCGGACUUCGAUGAUGAGGAGCCCAGAAAGUUCUACGUGCACAUCAAGCCCGCCCCUGCCCGCGGCGUGGGUUUCCGGUCUCAGCUUCGUGGGAUUCGGGGGCAGAGCAGCUGGGCUGCGCGGUGGGCUCCGAAGUUCAGUGAGAGCCCAAGGGGUCUCGGGCAGAGCGGCUGCCUAGCGAUCUGCAGACGGAAGCUCACGGCUGCUUCCCCCGCAGGCGACACUGCUGGGAAGCCGCAGAGACCGAGGUCCGCGCCAAGAGCCAGCAGCUGCACAGAGAAGCUGUCAUCCUCGGAUGAGCAGGCGUCCAGGAGCCUCUUCGGGCCACCCCUGGAGUCAGCAGCGGACCACGAAGACUUCACGGGUGACUCCCCUCUCAGCUUCACCUCCAGCCCCUCCCCUUUCUCCUCCUCCUCACCGGAGAACGUGGAGGACUCUGGUUUGGACUCUCCAUCCCAUGCAGCUACUGGCCCCUCGCCAGAUUCCUGGGUUCCUCAACCAGGCACCCCACAGAGCCCACCCAGCUGCAGGGCACAGCUUCCAGAAUCCAGAGCGGCCCGGGUCCCACCACCACCCAACUCGCCGCAACCCCUGGCACCAUCUCCAGGACCGUGGGGGCUGGAAGCCCAAGGUGACCCGACAACCGCAGCUCCCGUCUCCAGGGAGGGCCUGGCAGCCCCAGUCCGGAGACCACGCUCCAGGAAGGUGUCGUGUCCCCUCACCCGGAGCAACGGCGACCUGUCCCGGUCCCUGAGCCCCGCCCCUCUGGGCUCAUCGGCCCCCAGCAUCGCCCCGGAUCGGCCCAGCUUCUCGUGCCAGACUGGACACGGUGUCUCCCGGGGCCCCAGCCCUGUAGUCCUGGGCUCCCAGGAUGCGCUGCCUGUGGCCACCGCCUUCACGGAGUAUGUCCACGCCUACUUCCGUGGCCACAGCCCCAGCUGCGCGGCUCGGGUCACCGGAGAGCUGACCAUGACCUUCCCGGCCGGCAUCAUGCGCGUGUUCAGCGGGACCCCGCCCCCGCCGGUGCUCAGCUUCCGGCUCAUCCACACGGCUGGCAUCGAGCACUUCCAGCCCAACGCAGAGCUGCUCUUCAGUGACCCCUCCCAGAGCGACCCAGAGACCAAAGACUUCUGGCUCAACAUGGCUGCUCUGACCGAGGCACUGCAGCGCCAGGCCGAGCAGAACUCCGCGGCCUCGUACUACAACGUGGUGCUGCUGCGGUACCAGGUGGGUCACGGGUUAGCUCGCGCUGUCUGCCUGGCGUGGGAUGAGGGCUCCGCUGCCCCCUGCUGGAGUCGCAGUGUAAUGCGGCUCCGUGAGUUCUCCGAGGGCCGGGGACAGCGUGGGCGUCCUUCCAACGUCCAGAUCCUGCUGCCCGUGGGCGAGCCCGUCACCAACGUGCGCCUACAGCCGGCUGCCACCUGGAGCCUGGAGGAAAAACGUUUCGUGUGGAAGCUCCCGGAUGUGUCGGAGGCAGGGGGCUCCGGCCGCCUCUCCGCCAGCUGGGAGCCGCUGUCCGGGCCCAGCACCCCCAGCCCCGUAGCCGCACAGUUCACGAGUGAAGGAGCCACUCUGUCGGGCGUCGACGUGGAGCUGGUGGGCGGCGGCUACCGCAUGUCCCUGGUGAAGAGGAGGUUCGCCACAGGGAUGUACCUCGUGAGCUGCUGAGCGUCGCCCCAGCUCCGCACUGAACCCCGGUGCUCGACCAGACGGCGGUCCCUGCUGACCCCCAGGCCUGAUGGGAGAGGAGCCGCCUGCCCUCAGGCCUGGCUGAACGGAGUUGGCUCCUCCCCCUCCUCCUCCUCACGCCAACUCCACCCAGGUCCUGGCCUUUUAAUGUUCUUCACACACUUUAUUUUCUAACAAAA